CCAUGCCCAUUACAAACUUUAAAAUUAAGUGGUCCCCCAUGUACUAAAGUAAGUCCAAAUCCCCACUAAUACUAUUACAAAAAGCAAGUGGUGCUGCAGUAGUUCCAUGUGCAAGAUUCCCUUCCUAUUUCUUUGACAUUUUCCUCUUGUUUCCUUGUCCUUCACUGCCAACUGCUUUGGCUCUCCCUCCUCCAAUUGUCGAUCCAGUGGGAAUCCAGUGCCCAAUCUCAUUGUCUCGAGCUCUCUUUCUUCCUCCUUGGGCAGACUUAGCAGCAGAUCUUGUGUUGGUUGGUGCUGCUGCUUUUGGUGGCUGUUUUGCAGUUGCUUUUGGUGGCUGGGGUGGUUUUGUUGGUGGUGGCUGAGAAGAUGCUUUUGGAGGUUGUGGUGUAGCUUUUGGUGGCUGUGGUGGUUUUGUUGGUGCUUGUUGUGGCUGUGAUGUAGCUUUUUUUGGUGCAGUGGCUUUGGGGGGUGGUUUGGAAGAUGUAGCUUUUGCUGCAGUAGAUUUGGGGGGGUGGUUUAGAAGUAGCUUUAGGGGGUGCUUUUGGUUUUGCAGCAGAUGUUGGUGCUGGUUGUGAAGAGGAAACUCUAGCUUCAGGUGUAGCUUUGGCUCUUGUAGUUCUAGCUGGUUGGGAUGAUGACAUUGCAGCAGCUGUGCCUUCAGCACUCACUCCAGUUACAGCAGCUCCAGCAGUAGUGGCUUCAUUACCACUUGCAUCAACGUUAAUACCAAACACCUGCAAAAAAACAUAAUCAGAUUAGUUAUGUGUUUUGGUAUUGAAUUGAAGGAAACAAAUGUGUAUUCAUUACCUGGGAUAGGUCCACAACAUCAUUUUCCUCAGGCUCCUCAUCAGUGUUCCCAGGGGUUGGUGGUUUUGGCAGAUGGCACUUUCUUUGAUUGUGCCCUUUUUGGUGGCAUCUGCUGCAUGUGUAGGAAGAUCCUCCUCUAGGAAGUUUUGUAGGGUUUGCUUCAUCAGGCUCCCUCCUCCUCAAUUUCUUAGGCCUACCAGGCCCUCUUUUAAAUUCAGGAGGUAGAAUUGGUUCCUCACUUUGUUUUGGCCACAUUUUUUCUCCAUUGAUGGGUGAUAUCAUAUUCCCAUAGCAUGCAUCAUAUGCUUCCCUUGUAUAAUACCAAUGGACAUAGUCCUCAGGCUUCAAACCACGAUCACAGAUACAAGCUACAACAUGUCUACAAGGAAUUCCAACUAAUUCCCAGAAAUUGCAGCAUAAGCAGGAACCUAGGCAGACAUAUAGGGAGUGAACUUCGCAGAAGACAUUCACUGAUAGUUUCACAAUAUUUUCUUAUCGAUAUAAAAAGAUCAUUAAUGUGACUUUGCUGCGCAAAAACAAAGGGCAGAAAGAAAGACUCAAGAAAUUCCUACUCAUUCUGUUCUCUAUAUAUAUAUAUCUCUAUUCAUCAGAAGCUCAUACAAAUGAAUGUGAAACCAUCUGAUAGACGAUUAUGGCAAACACAAAAGUUGUCUUUGGAUAUUUUCUUAUUCUCUUUCUUUUUGUAUCAACUCCCUUCCUAGUUAUCAGUCUGAAUGUUAGCACUCUUUGCAUUGAGGAAGAAAGAGUGGCCCUCCUUAAAAUAAGAAAAGAUCUCAAGGAUCCUACCAAUUGCGUUUCUUCAUGGGUUGGGAAAGAAUGCUGUAAUUGGACGGGUAUAGAAUGUGACAAUCAAACUGGUCAUGUUCUAAAGCUUGAUCUCCAGAACACACAUGUCUGCACAAAUAUAAUGGCAUGGUCUCCCUUAACCGGUAAGAUAAGUCCUUCAUUGACUUACUUAAAACAUCUGAGUCACUUGGACCUAAGUUUUAAUAACUUCCAAGGGAUCCCCAUUCCAAAAUUUAUAGGGUUCCUCAAUUCGUUACGUUACCUUGACCUGUCCAGUGCAAACUUUUCUGGAAAGGUCCCUUCUCAUCUUGGCAAUUUGUCAAAUUUGCUGUAUCUUGAUAUCUCUACCAUAUUUCGAGAAAUUUGGGUCAGAGAUUCAAGCUGGCUCAGUGCUCUGUCUUCACUUCAAUAUCUUCGUAUGGAUUCUGUUAACAUCACCAGCACACCCCAUGAAUUGUUUCAAGCUGUGAACAUGAUCCCAUCCCUGCUAGAGUUGCAUGUGCCCUCUUGCAAUCUCCGUGGUCUCCCUCCAUCUUUUCCAUUCUCAAAUAUUACAUCACUUUCUGUGCUAGAACUCUCUGGAAAUCCUUUUUAUUCCUCAAUACCUUCUUGGUUGUUCAAUAUGAGUACCCUCACAGAACUUCGUCUUCCUUCUUCAUCCCUAGGAGGUCCCCUUCCUUCAAUGCUUGGGAGAUGGAAUCUCUGCAAGCUUCAGUCUCUAAGUCUACGAAAGAAUGAUUAUCUCACUGGUGAUAUAACUGAAUUUUUUGAGGCCUUAUCUUGCAGCAACCGAAGUCUAGAGUGGUUAGACUUGAGUUCUAAUAAACUCACUGGGAAACUGCCCCAUUCUUUAGGACAGUUUAACAGUAUAUCCUAUCUUGAUCUAUCAAGCAACUCAUUCUCAGGUCCUCUAACAGAAUCUAUAGGAAACUUAUCGAGUCUAGAUUCUCCGAAUUUGGAAGGCAGCAUGGUAAGUGGGAAAGUUCCUGAAGGUAUUGGUCAAUUAACCCGGUUGUCUUCUCUAAAUCUACUCCAGAAUUAUUGGGAAGGUACAAUGUCAGAUAUCCAUUUCCAAAAUCUCACAAACCUAUUCAGUUUCUCUGUGUCAUCCAAAAAUAACUCGUUAGCUUUGAAAUUGACACAUGAUUGGGUUCCGCCUUUUAAGUACUUGUAUAGUGUUAAAGUUCGGGGGUGUCAUGUUGGCCCUAAAUUUCCCAACUGGCUCAGAAACCAAAUAUCCUUGAAUGAUUUAACCCUAGAAAAUGCUGGAAUUUCUGGGGAGAUACCCCAUUGGCUUUACAACAUAUCCUCCAAAAUUUCGCAGCUAGAUCUUUCUCACAACAAAAUAAGUGGUUACCUUCCCAAAGAGAUGAACUUCUCUUCCUCAAAUUCACCUAUGGUUGACUUUUCUUUCAACGAAUUGAGGGGCUCAAUCCCACUUUGGUCUGGGCUGCGUGCUCUCUAUUUAAGGAACAACUUGCUGUCCGGGACAGUACCAGCCAAUAUCGGUGAAAAGAUGCCGCAUUUGGCCGAAUUGGAUCUCUCAAAUAACCGCAUGAAUGGGAACAUUCCACUAUCCAUAAAUAGGAUUCAAAAUUUGAGUUAUCUUGAUCUAUCCAACAACUAUUUAACCGGAGAAAUCCGUGUGUUUUGGAUGGGUUUGCAGAGGUUACAAGUCAUUGAUCUAUCCAACAAUAGUUUGUCAGGUGGAAUUCCAACUUCAAUAUGCUCACUGCCUUCCCUUGUUAUCCUAGAAUUGAGCAAUAAUAAUCUCUCAGUGGAAUUGUCUUCGGCUUUCCAAAACUGUACUAGUCUGAAAACUCUCUCACUAGGAAACAACAGGCUUUUUGGGUCUAUGCCAAAUGAGAUCACAAAAAACCUUCCUGUACUAGCAGAGUUACUAUUACGAGGCAACAAACUCACAGGAAGCAUUCCUGAAGAGCUAUGUCGUCUACCGCUUCUCCAUUUGUUGGAUCUUGCGGAAAACAAUCUAUCCGGAUUUAUUCCAACAUGUUUGGGUAACGCACACGGUUUCAGCACUUACUUUGUUUAUUUGAUAUAUUCAUUCACCUUUUCUGGCUAUGUACCGUAUACAAGGCACAUAAAGUUGGUCUUGAAAGGAAGAAUAUAUGAAUACUUGAACCAAAUGCCGGUGCAGUCCAUCAUUGAUCUGUCUAAUAAUAAUUUUUUGGGUGAGAUACCAGAGAAUAUAACACAGUUAUUACACUUGGGGGCCCUGAACUUGUCCUGGAAUCAGCUAACUGGGAACAUACCGGACAGCAUGGGAUCAUUAAAAGGUUUGGAAAGUCUUGACCUUUCACACAACCGUCUUUUGGGUCCAAUCCCUCCAAGCAUGGCUUCCAUGACUUUCUUGAGCCAUUUGAACAUGUCAUACAACAACCUUUCGGGUCAAAUUCCAGUUGGUAAUCAGUUUGGGACCUUCCCUGAUCCAUCAAUUUAUGCAGGCAACCCAGAGCUUUGUGGGGAUCCAUUGCCAAAUGAUUGCUCAUCAUCACUUCCUGAAAAUGGAGAGCAUGAAAGAAAGCAUGAAGAUGCAGCACCUGAUGAAGAUAAUGACAAGACUGAAAGGUUGUGGUUAUAUACAAGCAUAGCUAUUGGGUACAUUACAGGCUUCUGGGCUGUGUGUGGCAGCUUGGUGUUGAAGAGAUCUUGGAGACAUGCAUAUUUCAAGUUUGUAUUUGAGAUGAUAGACAAACUUCUGGUCUUCAUCGCAGUCAAUUUAGCACGUGCAAAACGCAGGUUUGGAUGGGAAAGAAACUAAGGCCACAGUCAAUUGUUAUAUUUAUUUCUUGUGUGUGUUGUUGUUUGAACUUCGAAGUUGAUUGUGAUCAUACUUAUCUUGUGUUUGUAGCUUGAGUUCGUGCAUGUUAUAUGUGAAUAAAGUAGUCCUAUGGUUGUGCA